GAAAAUAUAGAAGAUCGAAUAUACGCGAACCCUGAAGCAAAUCCCGGAGUCGUGUGUUCAGCCUUUCUUCUUCCCUUAGCAGAGAGAUAGAGGCAUUCAGAACCUGUGAAUGAAAAGCGCCAACAUUUCUUAGUCCUUCAACUUCCCCGGGAAUGGCUACACCAUUUCUUGCUGGUCUUGCUGUAGCUGCUGCAGCACUUGCAGGAAGGUAUGGCGUCCAAGCAUGGCAAGCAUUCAAGGCUCGACCCCCAAUACCCAGAGUGCGUAGGUUCUACGAUGGUGGUUUCCAACCUACAAUGACUAGGAGAGAAGCAUCUCUAAUAUUAGGCAUCCGGGAAAGUGCAACUGCAGAUAAGGUGAAAGAAGCACACAGAAGAGUAAUGGUUGCAAACCAUCCUGAUGCGGGUGGAAGUCAUUACCUUGCUUCCAAAAUAAAUGAAGCAAAAGAUGUUAUGCUAGGGAAGGGAAAAGGAAGUGGAUCUGCAUUUUAACACAGUUGCAAUGUCUUAAUUCUAGACAUCAACCCAAAGUUAUAUAUAUAUAUAUAUAUAUAUAUAUAUAUAUAUAUAUAUAUAUAUAUAUAUAUAUAUAUAUAUUCUUAUGAAAUACAUAAAUAGGAAUUCAUUUAGUUUAUAAACAUUGUAGUCUUCCCGUGAUUUUGGUUCCUUUUAGAUAAUGAAAAUCCGAAGUUUCCUUUCCUAUGUACAUAGAUGGCGCAGACUUCUCAAA